CCCCACCCCACCACCGCCAUCCUCUCUCCCUCCGAUCAGCAGCAGCACAGCCAGAGCCAGCACCAGCACAGCGGCGAGCGGUCCACCAUCCACAGCUUCAAUUCAAAUCGCACGGCCAUGGCGUCGCAGCAGCAGCAGCAGCAGCAGCGGCAGGCGGCGGCGGCGGCGCCCGUGGGGUUCGAGGACUACCUGCCGGUGAUGGCGGAGCGGCUGGGCGAGGAGGGGCUGAUGCGGGAGCUGGCGAGCGGGUUCCGGCUGCUCAUGGACCCGGCCCGCGGGCUCAUCACCUUCGACAGCCUCCGCCGCAGCGCGCCGCUGCUGGGCCUGGGCGCCAUGUCCGACGACGACCUCCGCGGGAUGCUCGCGGAGGGCGACUUCGACGGCGACGGCGCGCUCAGCGAGAUGGAGUUCUGCGUGCUCAUGCUCCGCCUCAGCCCCGAGCUCAUGGACGGGCCCCGCAGGUGGCUCGACGACGCCGUCUCGCAGGCCUCGCACUUCCUCUACACCAGCUAGGCGGGCCUAGGACUGGGCUGCCGGAGACGGCCGCGCGCGUAGCGUAGGAAUUGUUGGUUGAGCUUCUCUUUCUUUUCGUUGUUCAUAGCUGGAUUAGGAAUUCGUUCAAAAAAAAAUAGCUGGAUUAGGAAGGGACUGGUGCCUGAUUGGUCGAUAGAUGGAUUCCAUGCCUUGUGUACUCGAUCGCCUGUUCCUCCCCAACUGGAAUCUGAAUUGAUCAAACAUGCUUCUUCCUCCUUUCACCAUCACA